AUGUGGAGGUGCAAAUUUUUGCCUAUGACAACGAAGCAAGCGACUUUCAAAAGCCCUCAAGGCAUUAGUGGAACCAUAUACCGAGAUGAAAACGAGACGCCGACAUGGUUUCGUCCCCGAGGAGGCAAGAUUCAUCCCUCUGUAUUCACAUUGUGGAAAUUUCCGCUAUUACCUACGGUAAUGACUCAUCCUCAUGUCAUCGAUGUUCUCCAAAAUGGUGCUGAUUUAAUGCUUCCGGGAACCAUACCGCCUUUUGAUUCUCGAUGCUCCAAAGGUACAGUGGUGGGUGUUGUGGAUUCAAAGCAUCCAAGUGUCAUUAAAGCGGUGGGAGUAUGUAAUCUCAACCUUACCCAGUUUUCCAGUGUAGUUGGAAGAACAGGAACCGCUGUUGAAAUUUUGCAUCAUAUGAGUGACGAACUUGUGGCUCUCAACAAGUUGGUGGACAUAGCAGUACCGGACAAUGUGGAUAAUCCGUUGGAUAAAGUUGUCGAGCAAGACAACGGUAAUAAAGACGAAACUCUCGAAGGUAAUGAAGAGAACGUUGAAAACUCGGAUUUCUCAGAAACAGUCACAGAAGCUACCUCCGACUCUCAUGCCGAAGAAGAGCCCACUCAAGAGUCGGCUCUGGAGACAAAUAAAGACGACAUCGAAUUUGGAAUAUCCACAGAGGAUUUGGAUCAUUUGUUCAUUCGUGCGACCCUUCAAGCAAUUAAGGUUGAUAACAUUGACCUUCCAGUAUCAUCUUCCACCUUCAUGUCUUCACAUGUCUUAAAGAAUUUACCGGCUAUGGAUUCCUCCUAUUGCAAUGUGAAAAAGACAUCGUGGAAAAAGACUGCCAAAUUUCUCAAGUCUCUUGAAAAGUUGGGAUAUCUCACCACUAAAGGUAAAGGCGAUGAUGUCACUGUAACAAGUCUUAUUUCGAAAGAGAAUCCAACCAUACAAAACUUUGUUACUCACAAGACUGUGCAAUCAACUUCAAACCCCAGCAAGCCACCCACAAAGAAAAAGAAAGACCAUGAGCUCAAUGUGGUUUAUCUCUAUAAGCCAACAUCCAAAUUGCGCCCUAUAUUCAAUCGAAUUGAUAAGGAAUUUGAUAACUUCUACACUUCAGUUGAAGUUAGACGUGUUCUCGAUGACUACAUUAAGGCUGCAGAUUUAGUGGAUAAGAAGAAUCCCAAAGUUGUGCGCCUUGAUGAUGAAUUAUCUGCUGCAACUAGACUCAAAGAAAGUUGUCCACGAGACAAAUUAUACUCUUCGUUUUUAACCAGUUUCGCAGUUAACCAUUCAAUAGUUAAACCGGGUGAACCUAAAGGAGCGAUGUUCAAGGGCGAGCCACCAAAAAUCGCAAUCAUUACCGAAAUGAGACUUGGACGCAAAGUAGUCACAAGAGUUCAAAAUUUCGAGCAUUAUUUCAUUAAGCCUCAUGUUCUUGCAGAGGAACUUCGAACAAAAUGUUCAGGAUCGUCUACUAUUGGACAAAGUAUCCAGAACCCUAGCAUCACUGAGGUUACUGUGCAAGGACCACAUGCAAAACUUAUAACGGAUUUGCUCAAUAAAGAUAAAGGUAUACCAGUGAGUUUCAUUGAUGUGGAGGAUAAAACUAAGAAAAAAAAGAAGAAGUAG